AUGGCAGGGAAUUUCACAUUCCCAACAGAAGCCGAAAGUACUUUCAGAGUAGCAGACCUGGUGAAUGUAACAUGGGAUGUUAUCGCUCCUCUGGUUUCGCUCUACGAGACCUGUGGCACUAAUGAUCGUGCUUUAGAAGAGAUAACAACCAACAACUAUAGCUACGUGUGGAUAGCGACUCGCAAAGACUAUGUAGAGGCUGGCUGUAUCUUCAUGCUCCAGCCGUUCACUGCCCAAGGCGAGUCAUAUGGCGACAACAUUACAAGUGUCCCAUUUGGGGUAUCGAAGCGAUACACAGAUGAUCCACCACCAGUGUCGUACAAUUUCAUCAAUGCAUCGUCAUCCACGUCUGCAAGCCCCACGAAAGCAAUCUCCACGUCUCUCGCUACCUCGAGUAGUGCCGAAACUACAUCAUACUCAGCGGCUACGUCAACUCCUGCGUCUAGCCAUGGCUUGUCGAAGGCGAGUAAACUUGGAAUCGGCCUUGGUGUUCCACUAGGUGUUUUGUUGGUCGCUGCCGCUUUAGGCGCGUUCAUCUUGUAUCGGCGGAAAUCCCGCCAGAAAGAAACUCAAGCGGUGCUGCCUGUUCAGAAUCAGCCAAAUGAUGAACUGGCUCCACUUCCUAUCAUUGGUUAUAAAGAGCCUCAUAAUACGCGCCUGUCACAGGCGGAGACAGUGGCUUCUUCCGUUUCGAAACUGUCAAGCGAUAAUCAAAUAUCGGAAGGGAAAGACAAGCGGCUAAGUGAAUUAAUGUCUUCUGAAAUAGUGGAGUUAGCCUGA